AUGUCUGACCAUCCAUGUGCGCAGAGAUAUGAUGUGCAGACACAUCAUCCGUCAUACGAACCAAGAUCUGAAUGCUUUUCAGCUGCGUCUAAGUGCCUUGAGAAACAAGCCCCGCUACCCACAUUCCACCCCCACCACAAGGUGGUAGAUGUCUUCAAUUACCAAACACUGCACGAGGCUCUCCAAACAUUGGACGAACCACCCUCAGGCGAAUACGAAUCGGAGAAAGGUACUCCGCUACCAGCGUACGGGUCUAUUGCUCAUCACUACCAGCAGCAGGAGUUUACACCCCCCCCUUGCCAAUAUCAAUAUGGAAUGCCCAUCACCCCACAACCGCUCCCGCCACCGCCGCCCUUCUCGCAUGACCCCUCCGCAUAUAAUUUCAUACAGCCGGCGUACCCCCCUGCCCCAGCAUAUGGGAGCUUAAGUCCGAACUACGGAUCCAUGUAUACAGCCUAUGGUUUGUCGCUAGCGUAUACCCAACAACAACAAAACCAGCAGCACCAGUACCAACACCAGCAGCCCCCCGUAUACGGGUCAAACGGGGUAUGCGCGGCAGCAGCAUACGGGUACAAUCCUCUUUACGCUCAACCCCUGUAUUCCCAGCUCCAGCUUCAGCUCCAGCACUACCAACAGCAGCAUUCACCAACCUUCAUCCCAGCACCAUACGGCUCUCCCCCAUCCUACGGCUUCACAAACUACAUCCUACAAACCACACCCCCUUGUUCCUCUUCCCCCACCUCUUCUUCCCCGGGCAGUGCACCGGCAGCAAAGCCCUACCACGAAUACGGCGACUGCGGAGAAACCCUCCCACUGCCAGCAAUGGUGAGCGCAACCAAACUCCUGGGAGGCGGGGAGAUCCGCUCUCUAGCUGUAUUCACAUCCGUAUUCCGGAACAUGCCAUACAUAACCAAAGACGGGCCCAUCGCUGGCAUGAAGCUCAAGGACCCAUGCUUGAAUUGCAAAGCUCUCAUGCAGACCAUCCCAUCUGAGAUAUCAAUCCUCGCAGGAACAGGGUCGGGCUGUGCGCUCGAUUGGAUUGUAGAAAAGGCUGCUUCCGCAUCCACUACUUGCACUACUGCCACCACUACUACAGCUCCAUCGACAUCCGUACCUCCAAUGGUCGGGAGCGCACCAACGCCCCAAGGCUACAACCUGAUCCUGUCAACGGCCUACUCCGCGACAAAGCCAGACAUUUACCACCUGCUGGAAACCUGGACACUGAACAACACGACCCCAACCCUUCCCGAGCACCAAAAGGCCUCGCUGAGGACGCUCUGGAGAGAAUUCAUCCUCCCCUUCCGCGAUAGGAAUCAGAUCUUUAGACUCGAUAACGGGGACAACGUAGACCCGAGCAUGCACACCCUAAACUCUGUGGCACUGCCCAUAUGCACCGUGUUCUGCGCCAUCGCGUACGUCUUCUCCGUCGUUCUGCGGCCCGAGGCUUCCCAGCUCACCUGCCCCCCCAGCGCUUCCGGAGCAGGAGGGGAAGAGGAAGACGGCAGAGACGGGUUCUACUUACCGCUCCUGGCGGUACUGGGGAAAUGGUGUAGCACCAUAUGUCCAUGGGCGCACCCGAAUGUGGUCAACGUUGCCUACUCCUCCCCCCCUCCCACUUCCCCGACAACGGACGGGAUGGACACCCACUUUGUCAUCGGAACCUCAAAACCGAGUGUGCAAGCAGGCUUCCCCAGUGAAGCUGUCAAGAGCAAGCAUCAGGGGCAAAUGCGUACCUGGAGGAGGAUAUUCCUGGAGGGGAGAUUCGGCGCACUGAAGAAUCCCUGUCCGGUUAAAAUCGCUGGCAUGGCCGCCGGCGUCAGCGGCGGUGGUGUAGGUACUGGCGUGGUGGGGAAGAAGGGAUUCAUUUGA